AAAGCUAACGCCUUUUUCGGUUAGCUAUGGAGGAGAGGAAGGAGGAGGGAGAAGCGGAGAUCCAGGAGCACGGCCCCGAACACUGGUUCUCCAAGUGGGAACGACAGUGUUUAGCAGAGGCCGAACAAGGCGAUCCGAACGAGGAGGAGACGGAACAGAGCCAACAGAAGCUGUGGCACCUCUUUCAGAACUCCGCCACCGCAGUAGCACAGCUCUACAAAGAUAGAGUAUGUCAGCAGCAAGGCCUCUCUCUCUGGGUGCCCUUCCAAAAUGCAGCAACAGCAGUCACUAACCUGUAUAAAGAGAGUAUGGAGGCUCGUCAACGAAGCUAUGACCUGGGCAUCCACUUAGGCUACCAGCGCAGGAAUAAGGACGUGAUUGCAUGGGUUAAGAAACGCAGAAGAACUAUCAGACGAGAGGACCUCAUCAGCUUCCUAUGCGGCAAAGUUCCACCCCCACGAACAACUCGUGCCCCGCCAAGGGUCGCCAUGGUAUCUGCCAGCCGACCUACACAGCCAGAGACAGGCAGCUCUGUGGAGACCGACCUGCAGCCUUUCAGAGAGGCCAUAGCACUGCAAGGCCUUAGUGGUGCCAUGGCGAGCAUUUCUGUGCGUUCUGGUCCUCCUGGUUCUCCAACUCAUCCUGCCCAGCCCCUCAGUCGCCGUAGGAACGGUCUUCACGAUGUUGACCUCAACACCUUCAUCGCUGAGGAGAUGGCACUCCACCUGGAUUCCACAGCCAAUCGAAAACGAGGCCCUGCCCCGUGUAGUGAUGUCAUCACAGACUCACCCACGCAUAAACGUAACAGGAUGCUCUGAACUUUUCAGACACUACUUAUCCCUCCUCUGUCCUCUCCUUGGUGGCCGACAGGACAGCUGAUGAGGACUGUUGCCUUGGCCAACCUUUGAAAUCUUCCUCAUUUUCAUCUUAGUUGCAAUUCUCCAAAUAAAGGAACUCCACUAUUACCAACCCACAUUUUCUCCCCUUCUUCAUUUUUUCUCUUUUUCUUCCCUCUGUUUUGUCCCACAGCCUCUCCAGAGUAGUGCUCUCUUCUUUUAAAGAAAACUAUCCUUCCUCAUUAUGUUUGUUUGUCUUCAGUAGAUCUGACAGCAAAGUGAGCAAACAUCACAUUUAUAAUCCUUAAACUGCUGAAUGUUGCUUUUAGACAUUGUUUAUUUAGCCGGGCUCCUUUUGUGCUUCACGGCCGGUAAUCAGAUAAACCGGGCUGUUGCUCACUGUUUGCAGUUCUCAUCCCCCAAGCGUACUUCCUCCUCCUCUGUGGAGUGCUGGCCAAACCAGACUGGACUGAAAUGUGGACUCCUCAGGAGGCUGAACCACCUCCAUGCUGUAUGGCUCGACUUAAAACACUUGUCGGCGUGUGUAUCUUAUUCUGCUGCUGCUCUGUGUGUACGCAAAUCUGACAGCAGAACUGCCACUUACUGUGUUGUUCUUUGCCUUUAAGAAAGCUGCUACAGUAUCUGGUUGUGUGUGUGUGUGUGUGUGUGAGAGAAAGAGAGAGAGAGAGCAGUGAAUGUGCUUGUAGAUGCAGGGUUCUGGCGUAUUCAGCGCCCACUUGAUUGAGUAACUUCCUGUUUUACUUAAAUUCAUCCUUUUAUUUUCAGUUCUUUAGUUGCUCUUUGCAGCCCAAAUCAGGGUUUUAUCACAAAGCAGGUCAGUCCAAGUUACACACGUAAUGGUGUCAUUUAUUACUUCCACAGUUAAGUGACACUUUGAGUCAUGGGCUGACAAUAGUUGGAAAAUCAAAAUGUGUUUUCACAAAGAUUAGUACCCCUGUUCUGCUUUCCUUAUUUUCUUUGCAGUUUUCCAGUUGCACUGUUACUCAUAGGUAUUGUCAUGUUUACAAGUAAUCCAAAUAUUCACUGUGUCCCUUUUGAGCAGCAAAAUAUAUUUGACUGACUGAUUUUAUAUUUUUUGCACCAAUAGCAGUAACAGUGUUUAAAGCUUGCAUGUUACCUACUUUGGGUUGUCAUUAGUUUGUCCCUCACAUAGAAGAAAACUGUCAAACCCUUUCAUACCUGUGAUUUCAACACAAAACAUAAGUUAUUCUAGAAGGCGACACAACUUUGAUUAUUUUUGGCAAUUCAACUCAUUGACUAUAUAGGGCGUGAUGGUCCAGCAAGGCUUGGGGCAAAUUUCACACACUGCUUUGUGAUACAAUCUUGUGUAAUGUGUGUAAAUAACAUGUAGGUGCUGUUAUAUGUGGUACAUAUUGUAAAAAGAAGUGCAAAUCCAUUGGGAUUUCAAUGUACAAUUCUGACAUUAAAGAAAAUACAAGUGUUGAA